UUUGAGGUUAAUUAAAUAAUAAUCUCCGAUGGUAAUCAAAUUUGCGAAAAUUUCGCGAUGACUGGAGAGAUUCUCGAAAAACACCGAACCUGACGUAUUCCAUGGGUAAAAUGAUUUAUAAGAAGAAGCGUGGAAGCAUAAGAAGAAUGGACCCCGCAGCACGUGUCAACACGUGGUGUGCCGUCUCGACGGAGUGUCUGACUCAAAAGUGCAGACGAGUCUAUAUUUAAAGCGCCAUGAGGGCCACUAAAUCACUGGCAAAAUCCUCAGGAAUCCUAAAACAUCCGAGAAAAUGCGGAGGAGGACGAUAGACGCGAGGCAAAACAGAGGAAAAAGAGAAAAAAGUAAAAGCGCGGAAUAGAAAUAAAUCGGUAAAGUAGAAACUCGGUCGGUAACAUGAGGAAUAGAUCGACAGAGAUACGGUAAACGGAAUUUUCACUUCAAGGAAGCCCUUGGUUCGUCGUUGGAUCGUGAAUGGUUCGACAAUAGAUUUCGUUAAGUCGUUUUCGAUUCUUGGCGAGCCGUGGACGAAGUCGAUAACAGACCCCUAUCGAACGAUAUAAUCCUCAGAGGCAGAAGGGACAGGACGAUACUGACGUUUCCUAUUAAACGUGGCCGUGUAAUUUUGCUAUUGCGCCGGGUCAGCGAUCGCGUAUAAUCUGCGCUCCCCUUUUUAGCAUUCUACCGUGUUCCUCCUAUUAAUUUAUCUGGAACGGAUCGCGGAGAUCGGAGGAGCUCGGAUGCCCAGCUUUUAUCGAGGAACCUAGGUGGGGAACCGUGGAAACGGACUGGAAGGAAUUGGACCAACCCUUGACUGCACCUGCUUCACUACAGAAUAUACCGCCAUAAACAAUAAUGUACCACCGUAUACCUCACACUCGAACCACUCUCGAACGCCUCGAUAGAGUCAGAAGCUGGUAGAAACGAGUGUAAAGUGUGAAAGAAAAGCCACGAUAUCUCGAGUACUCGGAUGCUGGAUGAAAGAUGGAAGGGGAUCGAGCAUCGCAUUCGACGUCCAGCAGAAACUGGCAGCGUGGAAGUUAUCGGGGCCGCGGCGGAAGGCGAAGAAAACGAAGGCGGAAGCCGUGGGGCGAGAGGAUCGCGGACUGGACCAGGGCUCUGAUAGCUUUCCUCUUCAGCAACGUCGGUAUAGUGUGCCUAGUGGUCGGAUAUACCAUAGCAGGCGCCUUCCUCUUCACCCAUAUCGAGGGUAGAAACAACAUGGACAUCGUGGGGGACGUGAUCAGGCUGAGAAACGUGACAGCUGCCACCCUCUGGGAGCUUACCUCCAAGGAGAACGUGUUCUCCGAGAGGAUUUGGAAAACGAAAGUAAAGGCGGUUCUGGAGAACUAUCAGAAGAAAAUGGUAACAGCUAUAAAGAACGGAUACGACGGCGCUGAAGAAAACAAGAGGUGGAGCUUCGCCGGGGCGUUUCUCUAUUCUCUCACGGUGAUCACCACGAUCGGUUACGGGAACAUUUGUCCAAAGACGAAAUGGGGCAAAGUGGUGACCAUAGUGUACGCCAUAAUAGGCCUGCCACUUUUCUUGCUUUAUCUGAGCAACAUCGGUGACAUUCUCGCGAAGAGCUUCAAAUGGACCUACGCCCGCUGCUGUCUGUGCAAGUGUCGCAGAAGACCAGUAGAAGUACCGCCUAGGGGAAGUAUACAGGAUGGCGCCGAAAUAAGAAGAAAUCAUUGGCAAAUGGUUGACAGGGAUGGAGAGGAGAUCGACUCGGUCAAUGUGAACAAGGAAAUCUCCAUGGAAAAUGAUAGAGUAAAAGACGAAGGUGACGACGACAGUAGCAGCUAUGACCCACAACGUGUCACAGUGCCUCUGACCCUCUGCGUCGCCAUAAUGGUCGGGUACAUCUGGGGCGGAGCCAUCUUGUUCUCCGAAUGGGAGGACUGGAACAUGUUGGACGGUUCUUAUUUCUGCUUCGUCUCCCUGUCGACCAUAGGUUUCGGCGACAUCGUGCCGGGCGACAAAAUCUACGCUGCCCAGGGCCUCGAUCUAUCCUUCAUCUUCUGCUCCAUGUACCUGAUGCUCGGUAUGGCGCUGAUCGCGAUGUGCUUCAACCUUAUGCAGGAGGAAGUGAUCGCAAAGGUGCGAGCACUCGUGCGUACCAUUAAGUACAUAUUCCGAUGCGACAGGUGACCAUAACCGGUCUCAACCUCGUUCUGCGCCUCUGCGACGUUCGCAAAACAGACCACCCGCGCAAUAACCACCACCGUUACACAACAAUCAAGCACCCAACGAAACAUAAC